UCGACUGGGAACAAUUUCACAAAGGCAUGCUGGGUCAGUAAAGACUAAUAUGGUGUAAAUGCAGAGGAAACCAGAGGUUAAUGACACAAGCAACACCGUGGCACUGCUACAAUUCCCAUGUUCCUGUUCCUUUAGGUGAACAUGGUGAAGUUGGUUAAACUCUUAUGCGAUUCAUUCUGCUGUCAUCUUCUGUAGUGAAACCAGAAAAAAAAACACAGACAGAAAGUGCCCAAAAUAUCCCCCCCGGUGUUUGUCAGGUGUGGGGGACUUAAUGUCACAACCUUUGGAGUGUAAAAUCCACUCUGCAGGGGGAAUGCAGCUGUUGAGGAAGGCCACGUGAAAGAGUUAAAGGCAUUUAAGAGGAGUAGAGCUUGUUCUGGAAAGGAGGAACUUUUUUGCUUUAAUGGCAGCUACCGAGCAUGUCAUCACAUACAAUAGCAUCCAUUGAGGAUUGAUCAUGUGGUCAAGUUCUGGAAAAAAAGAUAUUAGGUGGACUGAGCAUUAGUUGUUGUCUAAUUAACAGAAAAUAUUAACACUAAGUGUCUAAACAUCUUUAAGUCACUGUAAAUGGAAUAUAAGUAAAUAUAAAUUAUAGCAAUUUAAAAUUAAUCUUUUAUUACAAAGUCAUCACACACACACACACAUUCCAGCGUGCGUCUGCAUUGUUGCCUCUGAGCGUGCGGCGCGUGCACGUAGCGUCGAGUUGAACCGCCGAAGAAGAACAAGAAGAAGAAGAAGAAGGAGGAGGAGGAGACGUGACGUAGCUGCCCGCAGAGAGAGGCCCGUGCGGGAGUGAGAGGGACGCGCCGUGCAUGUGGAGGUGGGGGUGCGGGGGGGGGUGGUGGAGGAGGAGGAGGAGGAGCAGCAGAAGCCGCAGCCGCACACACGAAACAAACCCGACAACCACGGUAACUUUGCAGAGACGACGGACCGCCAUAAUGCGGCACCGACCCCGGAGCUGAUGUGACGGUGCACGCCCCGAGAGCCAGGGAGGAAGCGGCGGACACCGCCACCACCACCGCUCCCCCCUCCACCCCUCGGUCGGUCGGACUGGUCUGGAGGAGGAGGAGAGGACAUGUCCUCGCUAACCGUAGAGGAGGACCAGAAAUGGUUCCCCACGCACGUCCAGGUGACGGUGCUGCGGGGCAGGGGCGUGCGAGGCAAGGGCAAGCACGGCACCAGCGACGUGUACACCAUCAUCCAGCUGGGCAGGGAGAAGUACUCCACCUGCGUGGCGGAGAAGACCACGGAGCCGGAGUGGCGGGAGGAGUGCUCCUUCGAGCUGCAGCCCGGCGUGCUGGAGACCGGCUGCCCGGCCGCGAGCAACGAGCUGGUCCUCGUCGCGAUGCACCGCGCGCCGAUGGCCCUGGACGUGUUCCUGGGACAGGCGGUGAUCCAGCUGGACAAGGUCUUCCACCAGAGCCGAUGCGUGAGAAACGAGUGGUACAAACUCAACUCCAAGACGGGGAAGAAGGAGAAGGAGCGCGGCGACAUCCAAGUCACGGUCCAGUUCACCCGCAACAACCUGACGGCCAGCAUGUACGACCUGGUCAUGAAGGACAAGGGCGCCUCCACCUUCGGCAAGCUGAAGGAGCGCAUCAAGGGCAAGAGGAGGAGCAGCGAGGAGGACUCGGCGCCGGCCGCCCUGCCCAGCGGCUACGGCUCCCUCGUCCGGAUGCGGCAGCGGUUGCCGAGCGACGGCGGCGGGGAGGAGGACUACGAGGACGACGAGGGGGGCGAGGCGCGGCGGAGCAAGAUGAGGACCUUCUUCCUGAGGGGGAAGCUGAGGAAGUCGGCGGACACCCGCUCCAGCACGUCGCUGGGCUCGGAGAGCAGCGAGUCGUCGUCGCGCGGCGGCAGCCUGAGCCCCACCGCCGGCAUCAGCGUGGUGGUCUCCGACCUCUCCAACUCGCCCAGCAACAGCAGCAACCUGACGGCGGACAACAGCCCAGAUCACACCAAGUCGUCCUCUCUCGUGUGCGAGUUCGGCGACGAGGACGGGGACCAGAUCGCCAUCGCGGUGCCCCGGCCCGCCGCCUGCGUCAACGGCCGCCUCCCCUCGGGCCUGGCGCCGCUGCAGAAGUCUCUGCCCCUCUCCGUGUCUCUGCAGAACCUCCGGCCCCCCGCGGACCUCCUCAGGAGCCCCGCGGGGGACGGGCGCCGCUGGUCCUUCGACAAGCCCUGCGAGGAGGAGAAGGCGGCCAUAGCGGCGGCCCUGGAGCAGAGCGGGCCCAUGCUGGGUGACGAAGAGGAGGAAGAGGAGGAGGAGGAGGAGGAGGAGAGGGGGGGGAAGCUUGCUCCGCCCGGAUCCGCCUCCUCCUCCUCCUCCAGGGUGGAGUCAGAGAGCCGGGGGAAGAAGCCGAGGAGGGACUUGUUAAACCAGGCUGGCGAGCAGAAACACAAAGGGUGGUUUGGGUCGAAGGACUCGCACGGAAAACCCAGCCUGGUGGUGUCACCCAAACUAGAGCCCGGCACUGACCCCCACCCGCCACCCACUCCCCGGCCCCCGGGUGCCCUCGUAGACCCCGCCCCUCUGGUUUCCCCCCUCCAUCACACUAACCCUUUCUCCCACUCACGGGCCGCGGCGCCCCCCUUAUCCCCCCGCAACCCCUUCUUCUCUCUCCUCCAGCACAACCCUUUCUAUGGCGACAUGCUAACCGCUCGGCCGCUAAAGCCCGCGCUGCCUCCUCCUCUGCCUCCUCUGCCCCGUCUCUCCAGCGCCCGGCCCCCCAUAGCGCAACUCUUCCCGCAGGCGGGCAACCCGGCCGCAGGGAGCGCCGCGAUGGGCGAAGCCGGAGAACGCCCCUUCGAAGGGGAGAAGCCGCCCGGCCCCGGGGACUCGGAGUGGGACGACUGCUUCGAGGCCUUUGCGGCCGGCAGGCUGCAGUCUCCCGAGGGUCCGCCCGCCGCGGGCCGGAACGAAGACGAGCCGCUACCCGCGACGGACGAGGACGAAGACGAAGCGCCACUACGCCUCCGACCCUUCGCGGGGGCGGCGCCCGAUGCGCAAAAAGCCGGGUUCCAGGUCACCGGGGCGUAUCCUUCUGACACGUUUUCACAAUUCCUCGAGACGAUCCCGGAGCUCGACAGCUUUGAGAGCGACAACGCGCCGUCGGGUAACUCGCCAGCCGCUCGCCGCCAGACUAAUCAAGCUGACCACGCCACUAACGGUCCUAACCCCGCUAAUGUGCAUCAGGCCGCCUCUCACCCCCCCUUCGUGAAGCCCAGCAGCGGCUCCCCGGAUCCCGGCUCCUCGGGUAUCGGCAGUUCAGGAGCCGAAGAGGACUUCCUCUCCUGCCGCUCGUCGCUUUCAGACAAAUUCUCCGCGUCCUCCUCCGAGGAAGCCGAGGCGCGGAGCGUCGAAGGCGGCGCCCUCCGCCUCCAGCGGCCUUCCGAUCCGCCGUCGGCCGCGAGGCCCUCGGAAUCGGAGGAUGACGCAGCCGACGCGGUCCUCCAGCGCGGCGCCGGGGGCGAUCCCCGCGGUUUGGAGGGCCCAUCGGCGCCGCAGACCCCGCCGCUCGCGUCCCGGCCGCACGAGGUCAGCGCCACUGUUGGCGCUUUGACGCCCUCGCCAAACCUCUUCGGCGCCGAGUGGCUGCCGGAGCCGCAGCAGAAAUCCAAAGAACCAUCAGCUGGGUUCAACGGAUUUGCUCAGGAUUUCGCCGCCGGACUCUUCGAUACCUUUGCGCCGCUCGGCGACCCCACGAGCGCGAUGACUUCCACGCCUCCAGAUAACGCACUCGCAUACCCCUCACUACGUGUCGUAACCUCCUCGCCCGAGGCGAGCCGGCCCUCCCCGAACCCGUUCAGCUUUUUAGGCGACAUCCUCGACGCCGCUAACAUCGCGAGCGGCCUCGACGGCGCCCUUCUGCCCCCGCCGAUGUCCGAUCGGAGCAGCGGCGUCUUUCUGCAAAGCCUUUCAGCCAGCACGGACUCGCAGGACUACCAAACCUGCGAGUCCCACCAGACCUCCAAGUCCUCCAGCGGCCCGGAGCCCAACGCGACGCUCAGCGCGGCCUCCGCUGCCAGCGCCGCUUUGGGCCCAGAAGGCGCCGCCGACGCGCUUCGCCCGCGCGACGAAGGAGUCGAUGGAUGGGAUCGAUCCGCGGUGGAAGGGGCGGCGACUCUCGAGCCGGGUGUCGUGACGCCGGAGGCCUUUGGUUUCCCCCCCGCCGAGGGAGGUGUGGGAAGUGGGCGCGGCGUCUCCGUCGGCGCGUCCCGGCCACACGGCGCUCCGCUGAACCGCUCCCUCUCCGAAGGCUCGCUCGCGCCCGCUUUUGACGAACUCCUCCCGCCGCCGCCGUCCCUCGGGAGCGACCCCGGCGCGGUGCACGAGCCCCCCUCCGCUCAGCCCGGCCCCCGCCUCCCCUCUCCGACCUCCUCUGCUCCCUGUCUAACUCCUCAAAGCCGCAGCUCCCCUGUCGCGCUCUUUUCCCUCCCUCCUGUCGCCAGCGCCGCCGCGAGGCCGCCGCCCAGCACGCCGCCAAGGCCAGUACUUGAGGGGGCGGCGACACUGCCGACUCGGCAGCAGCAGGCAGCCAAUCAGGAGAACAGCCCCCACGCGGUGAAGCCCCUGACCGCCGAGGAGAGGCGGGCUGAAGGCCGCUCGGUGCUGGAGAAGCUGAAGUCCAGCAUCCACCCGGGGAGGAGCAGCAGCAGCAGCCAGCCGAGCGAGCAGGAGGCGGACAGGAAGAAGCUCGUGACGGAGGGAGCGGGCUCCUACUACCACCUGAACCACCGGGAUCUGGUCGCCAUGCUGGUGCAGCGGGACGCGGAGCUGGAGCGGCAGAGGGCGGAGUUCGAGCGGCAGAAGGUGGUGCUGGCGAAGCGGGAGGUGGAGCUGAGGAAGCUGAAGCCGCAGGUCAAAGACCUGGAGGACUACAUCGACACGCUGCUGGUGCGCAUCAUGGAGCAGAAGCCCACCCUCCUGCAAGUGCGCUCCAAGUUGAAGUGACGGAGAGGGGGGGGGGGGGGGUCCGCUCCGUCCUCCGCUUUGGUCUUUUCGCUGCUGCGCCGUCCCUUUUUUGAUACGGACGCGUCGGCGCCGAGGGAGGUUCUCCAAGCCGGCGUGGCUCGCCCUCGUCCUCGUUGAAGGCUCUGGUUCCCGGGGCGGUUCUGAAUGUAGCGGGUCCUCAGGUUGUUUUCAGGUUCACUCAGCCAGUUGGUUUGGAGAUGCAUCCAUUUGUAAGGACCUCGGCUUGUGGAAACAGUGAUUCUUCUCACCUCACUUCUGUCACCUUGUCACGAGAGAAGCUGCGGUCCACAACACUGAACGUCUGACCAACUCCUCGCAGCGUUUUUCAAGGGUAUUUUGUAAGAAGUGCAGCAGGUCCGUGGGGAAAGGAGAGCGAGCGACUCUGGUGGUUUUGCAUGUUUCAGACCAUUGACCACAAAUUGCACAGUUUGAAUCAAUGUUGUGCAGGAAACCAUUAGGGUUUAGAUUGAUUUUAUACCUUUUUAGGCAGCCAUUGGUUUAGCUUCAUUUCAAUGCAGCAUGAGACUCAACCUGCUCAGGACUAAGCAUCUAUCACAGGGGAACAUUUACUUUGAUUUUACAGUCUACCAGAGGACAUCGCUCUCACAAGCCUGUAGGGCUGCAACUUUUGUUAUUCGUCUACUGAAUAAUUUCUAGAUCAAUCGAUUGGUUUACAAAAUGAUCUGAGCUUAGGUGACCGACGACUCAAAGACAUCAGGUCUACUGUCGGACAGAAAUGAGAAGAUGUAAUUAUCAAAUGUUUGCAUCUUUACAACUGAUUGUGAUAAUCGAUGCUUAUUGCCAAAGUUUGAAGUAUUUGGUCAUAGCCAAGCUAACUGCCCCCCCCCCUCCUGAUCCAUUCUUGGAGAAUAACCGUAGAGAUAUUUCUGUAAUAAGCUAAAAGCAAUGGCUGCUUUAAAAGGGAACUGAAUCGAUAAUCUUCCAGUACAGUUUAGAAAACAUUAUUGUAGACCAUAACAUAAUAUUUGGUUAAUUAGGUAAACUCAUGCCAAACUACCAGUAUGUUUCUAGUACUGAAAUGUACUUUAAUCACUAACACCUCAGUGAUUAAAGUACCUCCUCCUCCUCCCGGUGUUCAUGUUGAUUCGGAUUGACACUUUACAAAUGUUCCCGAAUGAAUAUUGAGUGCUUCAACUCAUUUUACAAACCAAAUGAGCGGUGCGAUGCUGGAGCACAGUCCCGGGAACUGGCUCGUAGCAUCCGAAUGUUCAAAAGUGUUCUUAGCCAGCAAGUGAAUGUUUUUUUUUCUUUUUUUCUUCUUACGCACCAUGAGGGCCGUUAAUCUUUUGCUUGCUCCGUCACACACCCCCCCCCCACCCUCUCCCUCCCUUCCCCCUUUCUUCUUUCUGUUCUCUUGGACAUGUCUUGAAAUUACCCAUAAUGCUCAGCCACGUAAGCUAACUGAUUGUUGUGAGGGCAGGUGUUAUCAGGUGAAGACAGUGUCACUCGCUAUCAAGAUCUCAUGCUUCUGCCUUCCUUCUCGCGUGUGUUAUCGACACAGCGCCACUGCUGAAGAAAUGCCUGCUAUAACACGCCCCCCCCCACCCCCCCACCCCGUGUCUGUGUCACAUCCGCUUCUGCUCAAGCACGUGCGCUGCUGCUGUCAGGUGUUACAAAGGGACAUGUACCGCAUUUUACAGCACGUAUACGCCGUGUUGAAAUGCCAAAUGCUGCCUUAUUUUUGUUUUUGUUUUGAAGUCUUGUCAAGAGUCUAGGACUUGAUUUUACAUGUCGGGGUUGGAGGCGGGUUUUGAAGAAGAAAAGCCAUCUGUUCACGGGGAGUUCACUCCUUUGUCUUUUUUUUUUUACUCUAGUCUAAUGCUUUGUUUUGAUAUAGUUUAGAUCACUGCACAAAACUGAAUUGUAUGCAUACCAAUAGAAAACAAGCAGUAACAGUGAUAUCCUUUUGAAAUGCCAAAAAAAAAAAGCCUUGAAACUUAAUCUAUGGAGCAGAUCGAUACACCAUAAAGUAUUCUGAUAUGAUGCCACUUUUAACAGCGUUUGUGGAUGUUCUUGCACUACUUAAUCGUCAGAACAUAACUUUACUGUCUGAUAUCGGUAUACUUAGAUCUACUUUACACCGUACUGCACUUUCUAAUCGCUCUGUGAUUUAAGCACUUGGCCUACUUCGACACCACGGCGAUGACUAGCCGUUGAGCUUGAAGCAUACGAAGCCCUCUUGUCAUCUCUGUUCUGCAGUACGAUUGCAAUAUCGAGUGCUUAGAUGACUAUAGAGACGUAUUAAAUGUGACGUGGCACUUAUUAAGCGCGAGAAUAAGCGUAACCUUCCAUGUCUUCCAUUUUCAUUUUGUUUUUCAACUGUUUGUAUUUUGUCUGUAGCCGGUGGAAUGUUAUUGAUAGUAUGUGAGAUUGGAGAGUUUACAAUUCGUGAUGCAAUUCUGUUUCACAAAUUUUGUAUAUUUAAUAAAGAAUAUUUUGUGUUUCUUGCUCACCGUA